AGUAAGUAAACAGUAGAGUAGUAUUGAAGCCUACUGGUUUGGGAGGUGGUGUGGAGAUCGGAAUUAGGCUUGGAAAACCGCUUUUGUUUUCUAAUUCCAAAGAACUCUCAGUUCACAGACACAGAAGAAGAAGAAGAAGAAGAAGAAGAGGAUAGUUGGGUAUUGUAAUGAUAGAGAGAUAAAUGGGGAGUAGGGUUCCAGUACAGCAGCAGUACAAUCUGAGAUCUGCCAAUUCCUUCAUUGGAAGCCCUUUACAUGAUCUCAACACCGUCGACGCUCGCCCCACCGACAUCGAUUCCAUUAGCGAUGUCGAUCGCGACGCCGUCACCGACGAUGAUGACUCCUUGGACCACCACUCCAAUGCCGUUGACUGUAUGCAUGAAUCCUAUAGGAACUCUUUGCCGCUCCAUGGUGUAGGAGUUGAUGAUGAUCGCUCUAGCCUUGACAACAAUGGGACUUCAAGGUCCCCCUAUGAUAUCCUAACAAUAGAAGAUGUUUCGCCUAUUGAAUCAGCAAGGUCAAGAUUUCUACAAAUUAUUGUGGAUCAUUUCAUUCUUGAUCAUGUCACUGAGGUGCCUGAUUCUGAGGCUGACUAUACUGGGCAGUCUAGCCAAGAUAAACUAAAUAAGAGGAAGACGAGAGAGGUCCAGUAUGAAGGUGACCCGAGGUUUGCCUUACCCUUGAUGUACGUGGCAAAUAUGUAUGAAACUCUAGUUACUGAUGUGAAUAGCAGGCUUGUUUCAUUGAAUGGUAUUCGUGACAAGACCAUUGGAGUAGCCCUUGAGGCAGCUGGUGGUUUGUAUAGAAGGCUGGCUAAGAAAUUUCCUAAAAAAGGACCAUGUACGUUCAAAAGAAGAGAAUUGGCAACUUCUCUUGAAACUAGGACAAGAUUUCCAGAAUUAGUUAUACAAGAAGAGAAGCGAGUUCGUUUUGUCGUAGUCAAUGGUUUGGAUAUUGUUGAAAAACCAAAUAGCAUGCCUAUUGAUGAUGCUGAGUGGUUCAAACGGUUGACUGGUCGAAGUGAAGUAGCUGUCUCUCCUCGAGACUAUAAGUUUUACUCUCCAAGACACAAGUACAGACGUGUUGCGUCAAACUCCAUGUCUAAUAUCCCUGGUUUGCCUACAUUUCCUGUUUCGGAUAAUUCUUCUUCAUUGGCUACUGCUCAAGGUUUCCGCUCUGUAACUGAUCCACAAAAUCAGCAGCAGACUGUUUGCAAACAUCCUAUGCAACCACUUUCACAUCAGCCCCAAUUUCACCCAAUUCACCAGAAUCAUCAUCAACCCAUGCAACAAAGUCCACAUGCAUCCCAUUUUGCUCACAGUCAUCAAUGUGUUCCUCCUUCACACUUAACUGAAAUUUCUCAUUGUCAUCAACCAACCAUAUCACAACAGAUGGCAUGCUUACAACCCCUCACAGGUGGCCAUGCUGGAGGGCGCUUGCAUGUAAUGCCAUCCAACCUUGCAAAGUUUUGUGACGAGUGUGGGGCCCCAUACCUGAGAGAAACUUCUAAGUUCUGCUCAGAAUGCGGUGUAAAAAGGUUAGGAACAUGAUAUGGUUUCUACAUUUUUUUCUCUAACUCUGUUCAGAAUUUUUUUUUUUUUUUUGGUUAUAGGUAAUAUCAACUUUGUAUUAAUACAAGAACAGAUAUACAAAGGGGAUAAAAGAAGUAUAUCAACUAUACACCCUUAAGUCCCCCUAAGUUUACAAUUUUUUUUUUUAAAUAAAUGUACAUGUAUAUAUAUAUAUUUGAUGUAGAAGUCUGAAGUAUGAAUUAGUUUUGGU